AAUUUAUCAUUUUGAUAUUACUUCCGGCUGACCUAAUUAAUUUAUUUUAGAAACUUUCUAAAACUUUUAACAAAACUCUAUCUGGAUAGAAUGAAGCUGAGGAGUGGCAAUAAAAGUGAUGAAAAGCACAGUAAAGGUUCCCAGACUAAUGGAUCCAUUCAAAACAAUGUUAAAAGGAAGCAAAUGUCGAAGGUUGAAGAGACAAAGCAAUCUCCACUACAGCAAUGGAUGAUAUUCUUCCUAAAGUCACUCUGGUUGUUGUUUCUAUUUACUUAUGUAACUAUACCCGUAACAGUGAAGUUGUAUCCAUGGAUCAUGAUGAGAGGAGCAUUCCUAAACAAUGUUCGAUGGCCACCAUUCGUUGAUCUCACAUCUCCAGAAACAUUUGGUUUGGAUGCAACUAUAAACACUUAUGUCAAAACAAAUGAUGAUGUCACAGUAGGAGUGUGGCAUAUGUUACCACCUAAGCUAAGGAAAGAGGGUAUUAUAGAAGAGCAGUAUUUUAGUGAUUCAUUGAGUGAUGGUACGCCCAUCAUCCUAUAUCUCCAUGGUAAUGGAGGAACAAGAGGUGGUUGGCACAGAGUUCAACUAUACAAGGUUCUACAGUCCAUGUACCAUGUGAUCACUCUAGAUUAUAGAGGGUAUGGUGACUCUACAGGGGUCCCUACAGAAGAAGGGGUCGUAUAUGAUGCAGUCUUUUUGUAUAAAUCAAUAAAAAGAAGAAGCAAAGAUAGUCCAGUAUUUAUAUGGGGUCAUUCCUUAGGCUCUGGUGUUGCUAGCAAGGUGGCCAAGGUGCUAUGUGAGGAUGAAUGUCCCGUAGGAGUUGUCCUUGAAUCUCCAUUCAAUAAUCUCAGGUCUGCGGCAGCUAAUCAUCCUCUUACUCGGCCAUUUUUUCUUCUGCCGAGGAGUAUAUUCAACUAUGUUUUCUUAGAUGCCAUAGAGUAUUGCGGGGUCUACUUUGAUAGUGGCACAAACCUCCAGUCAGUCAACAGUCCAUUGCUCAUUCUACAUGCUAGAGAUGAUAAAAUUGUGCCAUUCCAUCUUGGAGAGAAGUUAUAUCAAGCUGCACUCAAGAAUAGAGUUGACACAUCCAGCGUCACAUUCCGCGAGUUUGAUGGAGAACAUAACUACGGUCACAAACACAUUCACAAAGCUCCUCAACUUCCUUCUAUAAUUCAGAAUUUUGUUGCAAAAUGCACAAAAAAGUGAGGAGAUGUGAAACGAGAAUCUAUUUCUAAAACUUUUCCGAAUAAGGAAUCAGGAAAUUCACAUAUAUUUUGUGAUAUCACUUUAUUUACAUUGUGAAAGACAAAUGAAAUCCAGGAAUCAUAAUCUGUGAUAUUUUCGAGUGAUUUGCCCCUGAACAAAUACAGUUAUGAUUGAAACAAAAGCAAUAAUCAAUGCACAAACCUGUGUACCCUCUGUGUUAUAAUGCUGCAACACAAGGGCUGUUCAAUACAAGUGGCAAUUUGUACAAGGGCUGUUAAGUAGCAUUGGGGAUUUGCUCACACCCAUACAAUGAAUUCAGUAAAUGCGAAAGUGAUUGCCACAAAUAUACAAGUUUUUUAAAUGUGAACAAAUCCAAUAAUGUAAUGCUAUGCAUGAACUGAAUGUACAUGUAAUUGUUAAUCUGGAAUCAACUUGAAUAUUAUAACUUGAGCAGUUUUGAAUCAAUUGAAUCACAUAUCCAUUGGAAUUGUGUGAUGUUUUAUUGCAGGAAAUUAUACCAAAGGUUUUAGAUUUAGAAGCAAAUUGUAAAUUGCUUAAGUUUGUUUUUUAGAAUUUUGAGCAAGG